CUCGGCGAUACGCGAGCUUCACGAGCGAGUUGUACACCACCGAUACCGAUUUCAAGGUCCGUACUUCCGUGCUCGAUACGUCGAUCCGGCCGUGAAGCGAAACGAAAAGCGCGACGCACGGGAUAGGAAGAUUUACUAGUUGGCUACGUGAUUCGAAAACAAAUUGUGUAUGAAUAUAAAUCGAAAAAGCGGAAGCACCAACAAAAAAUAAAUUGGCUAAAUACACCGGGGAAUAGAUAUAUCGCAGUGGUAGAAAUCGAGUCUCCUAACUGAAUUUACACGUGAAUCAGCUCUGAUUCGAGUUUUACUCUCCUUGUGGCUUAUAUUUCAUUGAUAAUUUUUGUAGACUGUAUGUAAUGUGGGUGUGGCGGUGAUUAAUUGGAAGUUUUACGAGAACGGAUUUGAUAAAUUUAUCGCAGAUAGAAACGUUAAAAAGCAGAAGGUGGGAAAUAGCAUCGAUAUUUCCAGGAUUGAAUUAUCAUCACGAGCGAUCGCGCAUACGAGGCGUGUGUUAUUAGUGAAAGUUGUGUACAGUUUCAGAAGAUCAAGACUGACAUCGCCCAGGAAUCGCGUGAAAGGAGUAAAGAAGGUCAGAAGAAAGGAAGGAUUAAGAGAUCUUCACCUGGUCGGAGAAAGGAAGAAGUAAUUGAGCGAAAAUUGAUGGGCAUUCUCAACAAUACUUGAUUUUCAAUAUACGAUACAUCGUAAGAGAUCGGUCGACACGACGGUUUAAAAAAUCGCAUCUCUUGAAAGUUGCGCGUCAUCUUCUACAGUGCUUCUCUUUGAAUAUUAGACCGGUAGAAGAAGUACAAAUACUUCAAGACGAGAGAAAGGAUCUGCAAAAGAGAUACGCGAAACCACACCAAGCUCUUCGAAAGCUAUCAGAAGCAAAAGAAACGUUUAGAUAGGAUACUUUGUAAAACCGCGACUCCGCAAUGUUGCACCGGAAAUAAAAAAUAAUGGAUAAUAAACGGAGAGAUUUUUAACCAACGGUUUUUGCAAAUUGAAGUGAUUCAGGAAGAAGUUGAUGGGAAAAAGAGAAAAACAAAGUUGCUUGAAUGUACAUACACGUAAACCACAACGUACAUAAAGAUGCAGUAAACAGCAUCUUUUUGUGUUUUUCCAGCUUUUAAGUCAAAAUAGAAUCGAUUAUAAAUGAAUUAAAUUUAUAUCUAUCCUUUCAAGACAAUAAUAAGCGUAGUUAGGUUAAGCGAAAUUAAUAACGGAGCAAAAAUUGCAUACAUAUUUGAUAAAAAUAUUAUACAAUUUUAUUUUUUCUUCUGGGCUAUAUGUUACAAUUGUCGUUAUGAGAUGAUAUCAAAAAGUUGUAAGUAAUAAAAGUUUAAUAAUAAGUGCCAGAAAGUUCGUCAGUCAUCUAAUAUCUUGCAGCAUUUAUAAAGAUAUCGAAAGUGAGUCUCUCUGUUACAUAAUUAAUUUACUAAUCUACAUAAUUAAAACUCGUUUACAUAGAAAUUUAUGAAUCGAGGAAGGAAGUGAAAUCGAUUAAGAGAUCGGCGAAAUAGCUUCGGGAUUACACAAUCGAUAAAAUUCAUUUCCUCUCAACCAAGAGAAGAGGCAUUAGAGAAUAUUUUAUUUACGAUCAAUCUUUCAUUCGAGAAAGUCAAAGGAAUCCAUUUUCAUUUAAUAGAAUCUUGAGAAUACACAGAAGAUUAUCACAAAAAAUCGACGAUGAUAAACUGAUGGUAGCACAAAGCGAGAUGGCAUCUUUGAAACUAUUCGACGCUUGUCGGAAACGAAUAAGAAUUUGAAAGGGACAAGCGCGCGUAGCCUGAGACAUGACAUGUCGAUGGUGCGAUUCACCAUAGACAUACAAAUUUCAGGCCGACAAUUUUCUUUUCGACGGUGCAUUAGAAUGACAAUGACUUGCUUAGCUUGAUGAGACAACUUGUUUAUAACUCGAGAGACCUCGCUGUUUCAGACCAUUAUAUCGGUGCGUUUCGAGGGGGAGAGACAAGAAUAAUUCCCGAAACGUGCGAGAAUACACGAGACGAAGGAUGCGCGCAGCAUCCGCCGCAGUCGCAGAGACGACCGGCGAUCGGGUGAGACGCAUUCGCGACACGACGAUCACGAAACGAUCGCGAUCACGACGCGAUUUAUCGGUGCCGCGAACUGGAGCGUAAGAAGACCCGUUCUUCAUCUCGGCCAACCGACUGGAAACGGUCCGUAGAGAGAAUACAGAUCCUUCGCAUCGGUUUCUCGCUUCGUCGAUGCACAAAAGAGUUCGUGACGAAAGGAACGCAGUCGAGCGUAACGUGGAUAUGUCCACGGUGCAGGAUCGCAAGACGAUCGGUCUUCCCCGUUGAGAAAGAAUCGCACGCGACAUAUCGACAUUCUCGAUAAGAGAGAGAAGAACCCGAAGCGUUGGCGAUAUCCGCAAAAAGAUGACACGUCGGCUCGUUCUUCUCCUGGGCAUCUCCGCGCUGAUCGAGCCUCUGCUAGGAUAUAACGUCCUGAUGGCCACCCUGGGUGGUACCAAGUCUCACACGGUGCCCUUCGUCGCCCUUGGUACGAGCUUGAGUUCGCGGGGCCACAACGUCACACUGCUGAGUGCUUUCUCCGGUCCCGCAGCGAAUAAUGGCCUUCGCGAGCUGGUGCCGUCGAUCCUCGAGGCUUACGUCGAGAACUUCACGUCCGAGUGGGAUUUGGUGGGCGCCCGAUUCCGGAACGAGCUCCCGAUUUCACCAUGGGACGCCAUGAGGUACGGCUGGGAGUCCUGCGAGGCAUUGUUGCGCGACACGGCGUCGACGGCCGGUCUAAGAAAACCGGAUGGCAAUCCGCGCGCGCGAUGGGAUGUCGCGGUGAUUGACGGCGCCUUUCCCGAGUGUCUACUGGGGAUUCUUCACGGCGAGAAUGUUCCGACAAUAAUGCUCAACACGGUGGCAUUGUACAGUGGAUCCAUUAUGCGUCAAGGCAAUCCGUCACCAUGGUCGGUGACACCAUAUUUCGGCAAAGUGAUGACGCAAGAUAUGAACUUUUACCAAAGGGUCUUAAACGUAGCGGCUCAAUUCACUUUAAAAAUUAUGCAUUGGAUCACAAUUUCCAUUUACCUUCGGCCAACUCUUCAGAAAUAUCUCGGUGAUCACAUACCCGAUGAUUUGUACAAUUUAACGGCGGAAGUUCCUUUGACUUUGCAGAACAAUCAUUACACCGUGGCCGAUUCCGUGCCCUACUUGUCAAACGUCGUGAACGUGGCUUGUCUUCAUUGUAGACCGGCGAUGCAAUUAAAUUCAGAUUUGGAGUCCUUCCUGCGACGUGGUUUCGUGUUUGUCUCGAUGGGAUCGUCGGUCCAGGCUUCCGGAAUGCCGGAGGCUCUACGGCAGAUCUUCGUCGCGGUUUUCUCCGCGCUACCAUACAACGUCAUCUGGAAGUGGGAAGGUGCCAAGAUCAAAGAUUUGCCGACGAACGUAAGAACGGCUGCCUGGUGGCCGCAGCAAGAGCUACUCGGACAUCCCAAACUUCGCGCCUUCGUUUCUCACGGUGGACUGUUGUCUCUUCACGAAGCAGCUUAUCAUGGCGCGCCGACUUUGGUCCUGCCGGUCUUUUGCGACCACGAUGGAAACGCGGCGCAGGCCGAAAAAUUGGGUUACGCUUUGGUAAUGGAUUUGGCUGGUAUAUCCAUUAGUGCACUUCAUGAAGGUAUACUUAAAGUUGCCGCCCUUCAUAAUAAUUCUUAUCGAGAGGCAGCUAAAAAACGAAGCACGUUGCUGCGUGAUCUUCCGAUUGAUUCCAGAGAAUUGGCCACUUGGUGGGUCAUACACGUCGCCAAACAUGGAGGAGCCGAUCAUUUGAAGAGCUCAAUCAGAUAUAUGAGCACGUUCCAUUAUUACAGUAUAGACGUCGCAAUAUUUUAUAUAACGAGUUUAAUCCUGAUAAUUUACGGACUCAAGAAAUUAUGCUGGCGAGCAAUCGGUCAAGAUGUCUUCAAGAAGAAAAUAGAUUAAGAUUGAUUUGAAUUUCGUGAAAACUUUUUCGCACAUUUAUUUUAUUUAUUAUAUCGUGCAUAUAUUAUUUUUUAAUGUUAAACGUUAAAUGUUUAAUUGGGACAAAAUGGGAAUUAUACAAGAGAGACUCAUUUUUUUCGAUCGGCAGACAGUCUUCUUUUUAAAAGAUCUCUAA